UCCUCCUCCUCCCAGUCUGCCUGCUUGUCUGCAAAGUCCAGUCUGCCCAGUCUGCCUCCACCCGGUGCCAGGAUGGGACCCUUCCUCAUCUACUUCCUUGGCCUCCUCUCCUUCGGCCUCGGGCAGGAGAAGCCCCCCACCCAGGGGAACCACACCAGGCCGGUCUUCCUCUGCGGGGGGGAGCACACCGGAGACACCGGCUACAUCGCCAGCCCGGGCUUCCCGGACCCCUACCCUCCCGGCCAGACCUGCACCUGGACCAUCACCGUGCCGGAGGGUCAGGUGGUGAUGCUCUCCUUCCGCGUCUUCGACCUGGAGCCGGACCCCGUCUGCCGCUACGACUGGCUGGAGGUCUUCAACGGCCACUCUGCGGCCGAGGGCCAGCGCUUGGGCCGCUUCUGCGGGACCUUCCGCCCGGGCGCCGUGCUCUCCACCAGCAACCGCAUGAUGCUGCGCAUGGCCUCCGACGAGAGCACCGGCGGGAGGGGCUUCCUGGUCUGGUUCAGCGGGGGGCUGCCCCACACCGACGAGAACCAGUUCUGUGGGGGGAAGCUGGAGAAGCCCCACGGCAGCCUCAAGACCCCCAACUGGCCCGAGCGGGACUACCCGGCUGGCAUCAGCUGCUCCUGGCACAUCGUGGCCCCGAGAGGCAAGGUGAUCGCCUUGACCUUCGGGAAGUUCGACGUGGAGCCGGACACCUACUGCCGCUACGACUACGUGGCCGUCUUCAACGGAGGAGACCGGGACGACUCGCAGCGCAUCGGGAAGUUCUGCGGGGACGUUUCGCCCAGCCCGGUCCACUCCGAGGGCCACGAGCUCCUGGUCCAGUUUGUCUCGGACCUCAGCGUCACGGCCGACGGCUUCUCGGCCUCCUACGAGGUCAAGGACCGCCGCGAAGUGGACCAGACGCGCCCGGCGCCCCGGCCGGAGGGGCCCGUCUUCCCAGGGUCCAAGCCGGGCAAGAAGCCCCUCGCCCCCAAGCCCCCCAAGCCCGCCCCCAAGCCCCCCAAGGCCGCGGGCCCCGGACCCAAGCCCAGCCCCAGGCCACGGCCCACCCCCACGGCCCCCGCCACAGAUGAGGCUGAAUGCCCACAGCGCUGCCGCCGGAUGGGAACUCUCCAGAGCAACUUCUGCGACAGAGAUUUCGUGAUCACGGGGACGGUGAAGACGGCGGUGCGAGGCCCCGGGAACCACGUCUCGGCCACGGUCACCCUCAUGCAGACCUACAAGACCGGCGCCUUGGCCCUCCCUGCGCCCGGGGCCACCCUACGCCUGGAAGUGCCCUGCCGACAGUGCCCCAUCCUCAAGAAAGGGUCCAGCUACGUCUUCAUGGGGUCGGUGGGCGCGGACGGAGUGGGGCGCCUGCCCCCCAACAGCUUCGUGGUGCCCUUCCGGCCGCCCCAGCACCAGAUCCUCACCAACUUCGCCAAGCGCCCCUGCGGAGCGGGACCGGCCGCCCGGAAGAAGAAGACCUGAGUGGACUCGGACCCUUGCUUAUCCUCAAACUGACCCCAAAUCCAUGGGUCUGGCUCAGUAUAACCAAUAAAGGAGAGCUGCGGACUCGA